CUCUCCCUCGCCUGCCCUGCCCUGCCCUGCCCAGCCCUACUCUACUCUACUGUCUGAAUCUGUUAUCGUCGAGGUCUCUGAAACCCCAAAAUCGGUACCCUUCAAUCGGCUCUAGGGUUAGGGUUUUCUGAAUCCGAUUCCAUCCCUCCCAGCAGAGCGGAAUGGGGUUGAAUCUGUUCGACGGCUCGGAAUCGUCCUCCUCCUCCGACGCCGAAGAGAUAUCCAAGAUCGAGAUCGACCAGGAAUUCGCCCGCCGGUACGAGCACAACAAGCGCCGCGAAGAUCUCCACCGUCUCAAGGAGCUGCAGAAGCGUGGCUUCGUCGACGGCUCAGAUCUUAAUUCCGACGAAUCGUCGGAAUCUGACGGCUACGAUGAUCUGGUGGACUCCGAUGGGAAGGAUCUGGAAUUCUACGAUGCGCUUGUGAAAGUGAAGAAGAUGGACCCGAUUCUUGAUAGUAAGGAUUCAAAGCUCUUUGAUUCGGAGAAUGAAGAUGAGCGCGGAAUCGAGGAAGGGAAGAAGAAGAAGGAUAAAAAGCCAAUGUAUUUGAAGGAUGUCGUCGCGAAGCAUUUGAUAGAAGAGGGAGCGGAAUUCGAAGAGAAGGAUUCGGGAUCGAAGGUGAAGAGCUACAGCGACGAGCAAGAGGAGAUCCGACGGUCAUUCUUGAAGGCAGCUGACGAGGCUUUUAAUGGUGGCAACGACGACGACGAUGAUGAUGGCGGGGAUUUGCUCGUUGAGAAGAAGAAGGCGGAAGAAGAGUCCGGGAGUGAUGGGGAGAUCGAUAAGCGUUUGGAUGAGUAUUUCGGUGAUGACGGGAACUUGAGUGAGAAUGAGAUGUUCUUGAAGAGUUUCUUGAAGAACAAGAUGUGGGUCGAUAGGGAAGCGGGCCAGAAGCCGACAGAUGAGGAGAUUAUGGAGGUUUUGGAGGAUGCGGAGGAGUUAGAGAAGCAGGAGAAGUUCGAAUUGGAAUGUCAGUUUAGGCAUGAGGAGGGGACUGGUGACCGGGUGCUGGGCCAUGCGAGGUUUUUGGAAGGGUCUGUUAGGAAGAAAUCGAACACUAGGAAAGAGCAGAGGAAGAGGAAGGAGGAGAGGCAGACAUUGGCAGAGUUGGAGAGGAAGGAGGAGCUGAAGCAUCUGAAGAAUGUGAAGAAGAAGGAGAUUAUGGAGAAGCUUGAAAAGAUACGGGCCAUUGCGGGGAUUGGAGAGGAUGGGGGAUGUGUAUUAGAUGUGGGUGAUCUGGAGGAGGAUUUCAAUCCGGAAGAAUACGAUAAGAAGAUGAAAGAGAUGUUCAGUGAGGGGUAUUAUGAUGCAGAGGACCCUGAUCCAGGCUUCGGAAGCGACUGUGAUCUGGAUGAUCUCAAAAAGCCUGAUUUUGAUAAGGAAGAUGAGUUGCUUGGGCUUCCAAAGGGCUGGGAUGUGUGCAGGCCUGGGGAUGGGUUCUUAGCUGUGAGGGAGAAAAUCUUAAAGCAUAAGGGAGAUGAGAAUGAUGAUGAGAUGUCCGAUGGCCUCAAGCAAGAUGAGGAAGAAGAGCGUCAAGAUGGUAAGAAGAAAAGGAAGCGGGGUGGUUUUGUAGCUGUAAGGGAGAAAAUCCUAAAGCAUAGGGAAGAUGGGAAUGAUGAUGAAAUUUUGGCAGACCCAGAGCAAGAAGAAGAAGGAGAAGAAGAAGAGCAUCGGGAUGGUAAGAGGAAAAGGAAGCAUGAGAUUUCCUUUCAGGAGAAGGUCGCUCUUGAUAAGGAUUUGGAGGAAUAUUAUAAGUUGGACUAUGAAGACACCAUUGGGGACUUGAAGACACGGUUUAAGUACAUGUCGGUGCCUUCCAACAGAUACGGAUUGAAUGCUGCGGAGUUACUAAUGGCGGAUGACAAGGAUUUGAACCAGUAUGUUUCUUUGAAAAAGCUCGCCCCGUAUAGGCAAACUGAAUGGAAGGUAUCCAAGCUGAAGAGAUAUGACCAGAAAGUGAAGAAGAAGCUACUGCUUCAAGGAGGGAAAGCAAAUGAUCUGAAGGUUGGUAGGAAGGGUAAAUCGAAGCAUGAUAGUCGUGCAGCUUCUUCGGUUCCAGAGUCUUCAAAGCAAGAGAGGACUCAUUUGGAGGAAUCGGAUGGUGAAGCGGGUGAUUUGUCUAGGCGAAGCAAGAGAAGACGCCGGCAAGCUCAACUUAAGCUAUCACAGUCGAGGCUCAAGGCAUACGGAAAGAUCUCCCCUAAACCCAGAAGUCAGAAAAAGCAUUGAUAUUAGUGAUGAUUAGGCACAACCAUGCGAGGAAGUAAUUCAUGGUUUGAUAGUCAACUGUACUGUUUUUGUGUCCCAUCAUUCAAUGAGAUCCAUAUUUAGCUAGUUUGUCGCUCGGAAAUUUUGUUACCUUAAUUAUGUUGAAGGUUUUAUGCAUUUCUUGUGUUUUUAAAGCUGCUCAUUGCCAUUGAAUUGUUUGUCUUUUCAUGUUUUGCAAUGAGUGUGAUUAGGUUGUCCAUUAGAAAUAAUCAAGGAACACAAGGAUUUCAUUUGACUGGA